GAGCUUUGAACCUUUUUAUUGAAUUUAUACUAGUUGGGAAGUUAGAUUAAAGUCCCACCUACAUAAGUGUAUUUCAUUUGACGAGAGACUUUUUUUUAUUUAGUUUAAAAAAAAAAAACAGAGACGCCAUUAAAAGCAGAGUAGUAUAAAUACGUCAAAAGUUGUAGAAAAGCCAAAACCAAAAGCCAUAUAUAAAGCAACAACGUGAAGCACUUGAAACGAGCAUUGACAUACGAAACGUUAUCCGUUGUCGGCGUUUCACGACGGCGUUUUCGACUGGCGGCUGAGUGUUUUAGUGUUUACAAGCUAACCAAACUAAAACCUCUCCAUCCACCCUUAUAUUCUCCACACACAAAAAACCCAAAAUAUAAUUUCCUCUUUUCAAGAUGAGCAGAAACAUCGUCAGCGUUUGGCAGGGAAAUAACGGCUACUAUGGAUAUGGCUAUGGAGGAGGAUACGUGGAGAAGAGACAGCUGUUCCUCAAGAGCAACCAGUUCUCGAGGAAACAGAGCUUAACGGAGAGGAUUAAGAGGUCUGUGAGGAGAGUGGUGAAGAAAGUUGUUUGGAUGAAGUUGAAAUCUGCUCGGAGGAUGAAACGCGUCGUUUGGUCGCGUCUCAAAAUGGCGUUCUUCUACCGCCGUAGACGUUUCUUUCGUCUCAUUCACCCAAACAAACCUUCCUCUUACUGCUUCUACUAAGUCUCUCAUUCUCUUGUCUCUUUAUGUUCUUUCGUUUUGUGUGUGCAUAGUUUGCAGCUUGAUCUUUGUUAAUUCACUAAAUGAUCUUGUUAUGGAUGUUGGAUUUGGAUAGGAUUAUAAUUGAUUUUGUGAUAAAAUUUUCGAUAUUUAUUAAUAGUUCU